GAUCGGCUGACACGGCUCCAGGGUAUUUUGGACACUUUCGAGGUGACGAUCGCGGAAGCGAAUGAUUUGGUUGUCUUGGAAGACUACGAGAUCGUUCUCAUUCUAGACGAUUCUGGCAGCAUGAACAUGUCAGCGCUGCCGGCUGGCCAGCGCUCUCUCCUAGAUGCCAAGAUCUCACGAUGGGACGAGCUCCGACAGACCGUGACGCUGCUGGUGGACCUGGCUUGCUGCUUUGACAAGUCGGGCUUGGACAUCUUUUUCUUGAACCGUGGAAAGCUUGAGGGCGUCACCGGCUCAACUGAUGAACGACUAGUGGCGGCCUUCGAUUCUAAGGCUGCAGGCACCACGCCCUUGACGGAGACGCUGAGCCUGGUGGCCAAGACCGUGGCAGGAGAGCGGCCUGUUUUACUCAUGAUCUUCACGGAUGGGGAGCCCAACGGUGGCUCCAAGCUCUUCGAGGCGGAGUUGACCAAGCUGGUGACCAAGAAGAGCACACAAGGCACUUUCAAGGUGCAGAUUAUGGCUUGCACCGAUGACGAGGAUGCAGUGGGCUACUUGAACCGAAUCGACAAGAACUUCGACUCUGUGGACGUCACGGACGACUACCACAGUGAGAAGCAGGAGGUCUUGAUAAAGGCCAAGAAGCGAGAGGCCUUCACUCGCGGUGACUGGCUCCUCAAAGCCAUGCUCGGCCCUAUCUCCACGAAAUUUGACGGAUGGGACGAAGGGCAGAAGAAGACCUCGGACGUCUCAAGCAGCCAGGUCUGUGCGAUCCUCUAA